CACUUCGAGCCCACGUGUUUCUCCAGCUGGUUGGGUGUAAUGGCUGUGGGAUUGAGUUUAUGAAAGUGCAGUUCCUAACGGCAGAGUAUGAAAGAAGAGAUGAUCAAGCAGUCAGUGAGCAGACUGUGCUUCCGCAGCAAGGUGGCGCUGGCCCCGAUGGUGAGAGUGGGCACUCUACCGAUGAGGCUCCUGGCUCUGGACUAUGGAGCUGACAUCGUGUACUGUGAGGAACUAAUUGAUAUCAAAAUGCUGCAGUGCAGGAGGGUCGUCAACGAGGUGCUUGAUACGGUGGAUUUCGUAGCGCCUGAAGAGAGGGUAAUGUUCCGUACCUGCGAAAGAGAAAAGGAUCAUGUGGUCUUUCAGAUGGGCACUGCUGACCCAGAGAGAGCCUUGGCAGUUGCAAAGCUUGUUGAGAAUGAUGUAGCAGCAAUUGAUGUCAACAUGGGUUGCCCUAAAGAAUAUUCAACCAAGGGGGGCAUGGGAGCGGCACUGUUAUCAGACCCUGACAGGAUUGAGAGGAUUCUGAGAACCCUCGUCAAAGGAGUUUCAAAGCCAGUCACCUGUAAAAUUCGAAUCCUGCCUUCGCUUGAAGAUACUAUAAGACUUGUCCAGCGGAUUGAAAGGACCGGGGUGGCAGCGAUUGCGGUUCAUGGAAGGAAAAAGGAGGAGAGAACCCAGCAUCCUGUCCACUGUGAUGUCAUCAAAGCGGUCGCUGAGGCAGUUUCCAUUCCUGUUAUAGCAAACGGGGGAUCUCAAGACUGCAUUAAAGUGCAUUCAGAUAUCGAAGCCUUCCGAGCCGCUACGGGCGCGUCCUCGGUGAUGCUGGCAAGAGCGGCAAUGUGGAACCCCUCCGUCUUCAGGAGAGACGGUCCCCUGUCUCUGGAGCAGGUCACCAGAGAAUACAUCAGAUACGCAAUCCGCUACGAUAAUCACACCUUCAACACCAAGUACUGCCUCUGCCAGAUGCUGAGGGACAAGCUGGAAUCACCACAAGGCAAGAAGCUGCAUUCUGCACAGUCCCACAGAGAAAUCUGCGAAGCCUUUGAUUCAGCAGAGUACUACAAGGAAACCACUGCCAUGCUGGAGGCUCGAUCAGCAGCCGAAGCCAGGAGGCACCACGCAGACGACCAGCUGGAGGAUACAGACGUGACCACAAUGACAGUCCGGUUUGACAGACGAGACUACCCUCCUCAAAUCACACCCAAAAUGUUUUUACUGGAGUGGAGCCGGAGAGAGCAGCUCCCGCAGCCUGUGUAUGAAACUGUACAAAGACCUCUGGAUAGAUUUUUUCGCUCCACGGUAACAGCUGCAAACAAGAAAUACAGAUCCACAACCUGGGAUAAAUCGAAGAAGCUGGCUGAGCAAACUGCUGCUCUCGUCUGUCUCAGGACCCUGGGGCUUCCAGAGGGGAGGAUCGGCGAGGAGGAGAGCAACCUCGUGAAGAAGCGCAAGAGAGAGGAAAAAACUGAGUGCAGCGGAUCUGCUGAGAGCGCAGAAGAGUCUGGGCAUGCGGCAAAUAAAAGAAACCAUGUGUUUAGUACCCCUGAGUCAGAGGUGCCCCGUUAGGAGACUCCCUGGCGCUCUACAAUAUAUACAGUAAAGAGGGAUCAGCCUGGACUCUGCAGUGUAUAGACAGAGGGGGCACUACCUCCUGGAUAAUAACACUGCUGCUUUUAAUGAGGGAUGUUGAGGGUUUUAUGUACAGACUGCAGAAUCUGUCAUGUAUUUGUAUUAUUAUUGUUUAAUGCUCUGAAGGCAGUGGUCUGCACUCCGUUGAUGCUCUGUUCCGAGGAGUUCCGCUUACUGUAUUGCAUUCUUAAAUGCUGACACUAGGUGGCAGGUUAGUUCCAAACAGCAAUACAAACCAACAGCAGGGUAUUCCCAUAGGACACACACACACACACACACACACACACACACACAUACACAAAGCCACAACCUGUUCCUCCGUCAAUGUGGUUCCCUCAUCUCAGCAGGCAUGCAUGCCUCAUAUCUAUAGUAGAUCAAAACCUAAUAUUCAUAUUACGGUAUGUGUCUUCUGAAAGAUAAGUCUGUUUCCCGGCUAUCUGAUUUGCAUAACCAAAUCAGGACAUGCCAGUACACACAUACAUCAAAUUCUAUGUGGUACUCACAAGCAGGACACCCCCUGGCACCUUCUGUGAGCCGUUCACAGCGAGUUUUAAUACCACACUCUGGAUCACAUGUAACAGUCAUUAUUUUUUUUCUUUCUAAGAUUUAUUGCAUACACAGUAGUGGGAAAACAAUAAAUUAAUUUUAUUAAAAUUCAGUGCAUUCCAUUGCAUCUUAAACUUUUGUCUACUUAGUUUUUUUAAUUAUACUUUUCAUUAUAGUACAUCUUCAAUGAAUAAAAUGUGAAAAGAAAAACAAAAUGAUGCAAAAAGCUUCUAAACAGACACAUUUUUAACAGAACAACACUGAGGGCUUACUCUCUUGGUCUUGAUCAGCUCUGUCUGUGGUUAAAUAACCAGCCUCAUAGACACACAUUCUAACCCCUUCCCUCAUUUCAGAGUAGUUCCAAAGCAUCUGUAAGAACAUUGCACCAGUUGUCACCAUGUGUCUCGCUCCAUUGCAUUGAGAGCACAAGUUGCCUCUUGUUUUGUGGCGUUUUUCUUGUUUUUGAACUGACUUGAGGUAUUUGUGUUCUUUACUCAGCAGAGCUCCUCAAAGCCAACAAACUAGCAUGUUUGAAUGAAACCCUAUGUAGCAUACAAAACAACAAGCUUGAUCAAGUGUGAUUGACCCCCCCCCCCCCCCCCCAAAAAAAAAAAAAAAAAUCACGUCCUGGAGAA